AUGACACCCGUGAGAGAUCCUGCACGUGCUGGCCUUCUUGCCCGGGAGCUGCACAAGCUGAACGUGCAUGUGGCCGCCAUCCAGGAAGUUCGAUGGCCCGGUCAUGGAGAGCGAGAAUUCACGGCGGUGGACCCCAUCGCCAACACCUCUUUCAAGUACCACAUCUACUACAGUGGCGGCGAAAAGGCGAUGCACGGAGUCGGUUUCGUAGUGAUUGGGGAUCAGAAGAACCGAGUCAUCAAGUGGAAGGUGGUGAAUGACCGGAUCUGCGUGUUGAGAAUUAAGGGCAAAUUCUUCAACUACAGCCUGAUCAACAUCUACGCUCCGACGAACGACAAGCCCGAUGACGAGAAAGACGUUUUCUACGAGCAUCUUGACAAGACCUAUGGAGAGUGCCCAAGACACGACGUGAAGAUAGUCAUCGGAGACGCAAACGCGCAGGUCGGAAGGGAAGCCUUCUUCCAUCCUGUCAUCGGCAAGGAGAGCCUUCAUCCUCGCACGAAUGACAACGGCCUACGUUUGGUCAAUUUCGCCGCAGCCAGAGGAAUGGUUAUCUGUAGCACCUUCUUUGCGCGCAUGAACAUUCGGAAGCACACCUGGCGACACCCGAAUGGCGAAUCGUGCACACAAAUCGAUCACGUUUUGGUGGAUGGUCGACACUUCUCGGACGUGAUGGACGUCCGAUCGUACAGAGGACCGAACAUCGACUCUGAUCACUUCCUGGUAGCGUGCAAGAUCCGAGCUAGGCUGUCGAACGUGCUGACCCCGCGGACUGCGAGGAUAGCGUGGUUGAACGUCCAGCGCCUCGCGAGCAGCGACGUUGCUGCAGAGUACAGUCGGAAGCUCGACGAGCGGAUCAACGAGGACGCGCCUACGGGUAACCUGGACGAGCAAUGGGGAGCCCUCCAGAGCAUCGUCAACACAACGGCUACCGAAGUGAUCGGCACGACCAGAGGACGCAAACCCAAAGGGUGGUUCGAUGCGGAGUGCCAGCGAGUGACGGACGAGAAGAACGAGGCCAGGAAGCGUAUGCUCGUUAAGGGUACGCGCCGAAACUGUGAGCGAUACAGUGAGUUGCGAAGAGCAGAGAAACGAAUCCACCGCCGAAAAGAACGGGAGUACGACGAAACGGUACUUGCCGAAGCGGAAGCACAGUACAACGCGAACGAUAAGCGGAGGUUUUACGCGACUGUCAACGGUGUAAGAAGGAAAACCACGCCUUCCCCUGUGAUGUGCAACGACACGGAAGGCAACCUGUUGACAGACAAGACCGCGGUGGCGGCUAGGUGGAAGGAGCAGUUCCAGCAGCUGUUGAACGGUGAGGCACGAGAGGGAAUCGUCGAGGACAGGAUACACGUUGAGGAAGAUGGAAAAGCUGUGGACCCGCCUACGUUGGAGGAAGUAGCUAAGGCUGUUAAAGAGCUCAAGAACGGGAAAUCCGCGGGAAAGGACGGACUUCCGGCCGAACUUUUCAAGCACGGGAGUACGCGGAUGACCGAGAUUCUGCACCAAAUCAUCCUACGCAUUUGGUGCGAAGAACAGCUUCCGACCGACUGGUUAGACGGGCUCGUCACCCCAAUCUACAAGAAAGGGCAAAGACUCGAUUGUGCCACAAUCCUCAACGCAGCGUACAAAGUACUCUCCCGCAUCCUGUGGAGCAAGCUGAGACCGAUGACCGAGACCUUUGUCGGCGAAUACCAGUGCGGUUUUCGAGCGGGUCGGUCAACGACGGAUCAGAUGUUCACUCUGCGACAAAUCCUCGACAAGUUCCGGGAGUACAACCUGCAAACACACCAUUUGUUCAUCGACUUCAAGGCGGCCAUCUGCAUCGCUUUCGGUUCCCACGUCGUUCAAUACGUCGUCGUCGUCGGCUGA